CUCAGUUUAACAGCAUUCAGACAACGAUCUUCCUGGAGAAACAUGAAUGGUUCAGUCACCACCAAUGAAGACACCUUGGGUAGUUUACAAGAACCUGUCACACAAAGACACAUAUUGUUGAUAUGCGAUGAAGUAGGUACAGCCUGGAGAGACCUGGGUGCUGAGUUAAGGCUUGGAUCGCCUGUGGUUCGUAAUCUUACUUUUGAUUGCAACUCAAACCGCGAUAGAGCGUGGGAAGUGAUCGAUAAGUGGAGACAGAGCAACCCAAAUGAAGCAACUGUAGGAAAUCUUGCAGAUGCUCUAGUGAAGAUAGGGAUGGGAAAAGCCGCCCAAAAGCUAGUUGAAAUGCAUAUAUGUUUGCGAUGCCCUAAUUUGAAGAAGGAACUCAACGAUUUAAAAACAGAAACAGACGCAUUAAAAAACAAAAUCAGCCAACUUGAGCAAAUGCGCGUAGAAGACGAAAAAGAAAAAGAAAAGAAAAGGAAGGACACGAAAAGGAAGGAAAAGAUAAUCAGAAAAAACAACACCAAAAUCGCUGACUUAGAGAAAACGAAUAAAAUACAACUAGAUCACAUAGAGAGGUUAAAAAGAAUAAAUGAAAAGAUUAAGAAGAAGAAAAGAGAUCUUGUGGAAGAAAAUGAAAAAAUGGUGGAACAGAUUGGAGAGCUAAAAGCCGAUAAGGAGGAACUAAAAUUGAAGUUACAAUUUCAAACAUAUCCAGAGGAGCUGGAUCAGCUAAAAACUGAAAAUGGUGACCUGUCAAGUCAAGUAGAGGAGCUCAAGAAAAAAGUGGAAAGCUCUGAGUCAGAAUACAAGAGGCUACAAGAGAAGCUUAAGAAGUACAGCAAUUUCCAAAGUCGGGUUUUCUUACCGACUGGAAAGGAAUUUGCCGGCAACUGCCCUGGUGUCAUAUGCUUCCUAAAGAGAGACGCUUCUGUAAAGCUGCGUGCUUCUAGAUCUUCUGAUGGCCCGGGAGAAGCAAGUGACAUAUUAAACCAUAAGAAAGGCGCCAUUAGUGGAACAGCGGAAAGAGAAAAUUCAUGGUGGUCCAUUGAUCUGGGCUUGAGCCAUCGACUCAUAAUCACACACUACUCUUUGAGACAAGGCAAAACGCAUGGGGAGUCAGCACUUACCGAUUGGCAACUAGAGGGAUCUUAUGAUGGAAAAAACUGGGAAGAACUUAAAACUAUUUGCAACGGGAAGGAUCCACAGUUCGUCGCUCCUCCUCCAUUUUAUACAGGUACCUGGCCUGUCGGAGGGGAAAUACCGGCUUUUCGCCUUUUUCGAAUUUUCCAGACGGGUAGAAAUUCCUCUGGUAGAUAUGGAAUACAUCUAUCUGGAAUUGAGCUGUACGGAGUACUUCUGAACAUAUAA